AUGAAAUACCUCAUUGCUUUACUGUUAGUAUCCACCAUAUUAGCAGCAAUUCCAACCAAAGUUAUUAAUUGCAUGACAGAUCCUAAGAUUGUUUUUACAGAAGCAACUUUCAGUGUUACACCAGCAAAAGGAGUUGAUGAAACUAUAACACUUUAUGGAACUGCAAAUGAUCAUGUUGAAUUAGCUAAUGUUUAACUUAAAGCUAAAUGGAAUGGAAUAGAUUCUUUUGAAGACAAUUACCCAGAAGAUGAAGUAUAUGAUAAAGGAGAUCCUGUAACAUAUUAAAUGACCUAAAACUUCCCCACUUAUACUCCAUCUGUACUAUUUCAACUUAUUUUUAUAGGGUAAAAUUGUUGUUCAAAUGUGGUUCCAAAAUGCUAAGGGAACUAACUUUGCGUGUGCUGAAGUAGGAUUUAUUAUUUGA